AUGAGUAAAAGUAACAGACCCCAUGUGUGUACAGUGCGUUGUUACUUCAUGUUGUUUUGUGUUGCGUUUGCAAGUGACAGAAGGUGUCCGCACUGCGAGGAACCACUCGCUCCGUACCAGUUCAAAUGCUCCAAGUGCAAUAAGUUCGCCGGCAUUGCGGCUGCGGCGGCCAAGCCGUCCCUCAUCAGGGAGGCCAUCAGGAAGCAGUCGCUCGAAGACUCCAAGUCCACUCCCUACAACAACAGCAUCAGCAGUAGCAACCACAAUUCCCAAGUUGCGGCUCCAGUGUCGAGUCAUUACAAGGCCCUGCAGGCAGUAGACAAGGAAGCGUUGACUGGGAACGCCGAGGCUUUCGACUGUCCUGUUUGCUUUGUCAAGGUCGAAGCCCAGUCUGGCGUUGUGCUCAAGGAGUGUCUCCACUCGUUUUGCAAAGAUUGCUUGAUUGGGGUUGUGGAGCAUGCGGAGGACCCGGCUGUCAAGUGCCCGUUCAGAGACAAUAUCUACGCUUGUGAUGCCAAGUUGCAGGACCGAGAGAUUAGAGCACUCGUUCCUGCUGGCGUGUACUCGAGACUCCAGAGACGGUCCAUGAAUGCCGUCGAAGGCCGGCUCAACAGCUUCCACUGCAAAACCAAGGACUGUCCGGGGUGGGCCGAGUGCGACGACAACGUGAACCAAUUCCGGUGUCCCGUUUGCAACAAGGUCAACUGUCUGACUUGUCAGGCCAUCCAUGAGACGGUGUCGUGCAAGGCGUACCAGGACGACGUUGCCAGUCGAGCGGAGCUGCUGGACGAGGAUGCCAAGAAGACGCGGCAGUUCCUGCAGGACAUGCUGGCGGAUGACAAUGCCAUGGAGUGUCCCGGCUGCCACGUGGUCAUCCUGCGCAAGUGGGGCUGCGACUGGCUGCGCUGCUCCUUGUGCAAGACGGAGAUUUGUUGGGUGACCCGAGGCCCACGUUGGGGCCCAAAGGGCAAGGGAGACACGAGUGGAGGCUGCAAGUGCAGGAUCAACGGAGUGCCGUGUCAUCCCUCGUGUCGCUAUUGUCAUUGAAGACGGCGAUAUCGAGCGGGCUCUCCCGUUUCUUCAGCAUAUCCAUUUUUGUGCCUUGAUAUGUGUGUGUGUUCUCUGUGUAUUGUACAAUUGCUUGAUUGGCAAUAGCGGCACUCAUUCUUCCCCCUCCCCCCCUUUCAUUCAUUCAUUUAUUUUACGUUCCCUCUUCCCGCGUCGACGUUGCUGCCAGCUCGUGUUCUGAUGUAGACAUCGCAAUGACAAGAGAAACAUGACAAGUGGGUAAAAAAAAGAAAGAUUGUUUUUAGUUAUGCAACUUUUUUUGUUUGUUUUCAAAUAUGUUAAUUUUCGC